GGCCAGUCUGGGCCAGUCUGCGUCCGCCAGUCGAAGCCCACUCACGGUGCGCGUCGGGCAGGCUCGGACACGGCACGGCACUCGGCAGCUUCGCGAUGUUGUUGACGUCCGCCAAGUCGUCCACCGCGGCGCGCGCGCUGCUGCUGCUGCUGGCGGCCUCGCCGUGCCUAGCCGUGCUCAACGGGACCGAGAAGCUGGACGACAGCGACGCCCGCCUGGACGCCUUCCUGGAGACGACGCUGCUGCAGGCGUUCGCCAAGCUGGUCCAGCCGGAUAGCCUGCUGGAGCACGUCAAGGAGGGCAUGCAGGACAAGGUGCAGGAGUCGCCGAGUCUGCAGAAGGGCGCCGCGGACUGCGAGCUCGCGCUGGCGCGCUGGGGAGCGGGGCUGCGCUACCUGGAGACGUGGGCGAUUCAGAUGGUGGACUCCAGCUCCAAGCUGGUGACGGGCGUGCUGUACGGCGACCUGGCGGACCUGGGCAACUUCGACGAGUGCCUGGCCGCGGGCCCGGGCGGCCCGACGAGCUCUGACACCGAGGACGGCAACGGGUUCACGGGGCGGUACUCCCUGGCCUCGCUGGCCGUGCAGUCCAUCGUCACCCCCACCGUCACUCCGGGCCCGCUGCAGGCCGAGCUCGAGCGCCGCCGCGUCAGGGCCUCCAACGAGACCACCGAGUACAAGGCGCUGGCGACGAUCCGGAUGGCGCUGUGCGUGCCCAGCACGUGCACGGCCCCCAUCGUGGAGGCCGCCAUGGUGUCCGUGUUCCGGCCCAUCAACGCCCUGGUGGCCGGCCUCGGGUACCACGUGGUGCCCACCAUGCGCGAGGAGUACACCGCCGUGGCGGGGCCCUUCCGCAAGGGCAACGCGGGGGACUUCGUCAUCAUAACCCUGUGCGUCGUGCUGUUGUUCCUCAUGCUCAUCGCCUCCGUCAUCGACAUCGCGCUCAGUCCGUCCGCGAAAAAGACCCGGGACAAGAUUGGCAUGCUGCUGGCCUUCUCGGCGUGGACCAACGGGCGGCGUCUGCUGACCGUGGCGCCGCCCAGCGACUCCAACUUCACGUGCAUCAACGGCAUCCGCUUCCUGUCCGCCGCCUGGGUCAUCCUGGGCCACCGCUACCGGUUCGGCCUCGAGGUGCCCUUCACCAACCUCCUCACCAUCCCCAAGCGCGCCAGUGAUGCGUCCACGAUGGCCAUCGCCAACGCCCCCCUGUCCGUGGACACCUUCUUCCUCAUCGGCGGCAUGGUCAACUGCUACGCCUUCAUGAGGUCCCAGACCGGGCGCCGCUCCUUCAACAUCGUCAUGUACUACGUGCACCGCUACGUCAGGUUGACGCCGGCCUUCGCCAUGAUGGUGGCCAUCACGGCGACCUGGGUGUCGCUGCUGGGGACGGGCCCGCUCUGGUACACUGUGGUGCAGGAGCCGGCCGACCACUGCAGCAAGUGGUGGUGGACGGCGCUGCUGUAUGUGGCCAACUAUGCCAACCCCGGCGAGCAGUGCAUGAUGCAGUCGUGGUAUCUGAUGGUGGACAUGCAGCUGCACAUCCUGUCCCCACUCGUGCUCAUCCCGCUGUGGAAGUACCGGCGCAUCGGCCUCAGCUGGCUGGGCGUCGUUAUCCUGGCGUCCUGCGCCGUGCCCUUCGCCGUCACCUACGUCAACAAGUUCCGCUCGCCCGUCUCCACGGACCUCAGCCGGGACGCCCAGCGCCACUUCAUGAAGCUCAUCUACUACCCGAUGCACACCCGCAUCACCUCGUACGCGUGCGGCACCCUGGCCGGCUACUUCCUGUGGCUCAUCAAGACGGGCCAGUACACGCGGAAGAUCUCCACUAACGAGGUGAUCUUCGGCUGGGUGAUGAGCACGGCGCUGUGCCUGACGGUGGUGUUCGGCGCCCAGCCGCUGUUCGACACCGAGCACCACGAGUACAACGUGUGGGAGUCCUCGAUCUACAUGGGCCUGUACCGCCUGGCCUGGUCGGCCGGCAUCUGCUGGGUCGUCUUCGCCUGUAUUCUGGGCCACGGAGGCCCGGUGAACGCCUUCCUGUCGUGGACCCCGAUGGCCAUCCUGGGCCGCUUGACGUACGGCAUCUACCUGACCCACGCCGCCGUGCAGAUGGUGGACGUCGGCGCCAUGCGCACCUCCGACUACUACUCCGACUUCAAAAUGGUCGAGAGGAUGUUGUCCGACUUGGUGCUGGCCACGGUCUGCGGCGCGCUGCUGUCCCUCAGCCUCGAGUCGCCCAUCACGGCCAUCGAGAAGUCGCUCAGAGCGCCCAGAGCGAGAAAACCGAGGGAGGCACCCCAGGACAACAACGGCUUGUCCAGCGGGGUGAUCAACUCGGGCUUCGUUGCCGACGACGGCAAACUCAAGCAGACCCUGGACGCGGAGAAGGCCGCGGUCCCCGUGACGCAGGACAGUGCCGAGCCGGCCGCCGAGGCGGCCACCGCGCCCGCGCAGAACUCGGCAGUGUAGCGCCGCGGCACUGUGGCACCGCCCUGCGGACUGGCGGCCGUCUGUCUCUCUCGCACUCACGGAGCGUCGCGUCUCGGCGCGAGAGAGACAGAGCGAGACUCUCGGAGUCGGCCCAGUCUGCUGCGUCCAGGACCAGAAUAGUGACGCCGCCGCCACGACGGCCACGAUCCCCGGGGAGGCGGAGACACGGCACGGGGCCGCCGACCCACGCUCCACGCCCGGAGGACUCCGAGCCGCGCGUGGUUGCAGCACUCCAAAGCCCCCACCGCCCCGCUGGCGAGCCGCGAGGCCUCCAGUGUACUGGAAUAGGGCGGGUGGGGUGCCCGGCCCGGUGAAAGGAUGCUGAAAGCUGCUACAAGAAGAGACCCGCCUCAGUUCCUGAAACCCAGUGAAAAUAAUAAGCAAAAAGCGGAAACAGGUGUUACCGCGUGUGUGUGUGUUUUUCGUGAACAAUUUUUUAAAAACUGUACGCGCUGACUCUGAGCUAGUUGAUGACGAUCGAGUGCCGCGCUGCGUAUCGCGCCGAGCGACGCGCGCGCUGGUGAUUGUGAAAUGAGCAAUAAUUUGUACGAGUACCUAGUACUUCCAACUUGUGAUAAACUUGUGAAUAUUAUAUAAUUUAUGAACAAACAAAGAAUCA